GAAAAUUGCGUCACUUCCGGGCGGUUAAAUUUGAUCUAAUUUCCUUCUGCUCAUCUCGUUUACGUGCUAACAAUUGAAAACAAAGCUUAAACGAAAUUGUGUAUGUAUUGUCAAGUUAUUUUGUUAGUUUGCGUUGCUUGUUGCGUCAUUACCACCGGAAAAUAAGAUUUUGAACCUUUUAUCGGACUUCCCAAGGCUGCGCGAAAUGGAACCGUCGGACGUCAGGGGGAACUCUGACCUAGAGGAGGACAUGCCCCUAAACGACCAAUCGGACACCCCGCCAGACAUACUGAAAAUAACGGCGCAGCUCUAUGCCCAGUGCUUUGAAAUGGAAGUGCAACUCAACAGAGAAAAAAAUCCGAUUCCUUGCUCAACGGCUGAAGCGAAGCAAGAGUUGAAAGCCAACGUCUACGAGCUCGAAAGAAUCAAGUCACAUCAUUUUACCAGCACAUUAGCUUUGCACAGAAUGCAGAUGUGGCAUGCCAUUGCAAGAAAGUUGGAACAAAAUGAUCCAGAGGCGAAUGAUCUGAAAGCCAUCAUUGAUCGCUGCAUGACGCUUUCCUCACAUAUAAACACACUUCAGGAGAAAACAAUGACUCUUGAAAAUGGAAUCACAAAACUCCAGAAAAAACGUCUUGAACUGAAGCAACGCAUUCAAGAGAAAAUGAAACAGAUUGAAGAAGUGAAAGCGCACUGGUAUGCAGAAAAGUACCAAGCUGUCUUGCAAAAAGGAAGCACAAACCUGGAGAAUUAUAAAAAGAUGGUUGUCAUGGCACAGAAUAUACUGAGGGGACUUGUUUUAGCAUGUAACAUAAACUGGAUGGAUGAUCCACACCUGCGAGACAUCGUCAUGAAGCUGGAAGAAUUCCCUAUUCCGGACUAAAGGAAUCUACUUGUCUAUUUUCUCCCAUGUCUUUUGAUGGUUUAAAUAAAUACC